UGCUCUGAUCAUUCCUCCAUAUGAACCCAUUCUUUUUGGUAUAACUCCUGAGCGCCCUCUGUUGGUAAUAAUAACUAAUAAUUCUCUGACCGUUCUGUUUCAUGCAUGCGGACUACACAUGCUGCUUUACUGCCCUGUCGUGCUUAACCGUGACUGACCAGAUUUACGACACUCGUCACGCUUGACGGCAGUGUUGUUAUAUCGCGUGAUCAGGCGGUAUGGCGUCUCAUUUCAGCGGCGUCCUUCAGUUAACAGACCUGGAUGAUUUUAUCACCCCAUCCCAGGAAUGUGUGAAACCAGUGAAAGUAGACAAGAAGCAAGGAAGAUCUGUGGCCAAAAUCCAAAUAGAAGACGAUGGCAGUUAUUUUCAGGUCAACCAGGAUGGCCAAAGGCAGAAGCUGGAGAAAGCCAAGAUUACGCUAAAUGACUGCCUGGCCUGCAGUGGCUGCAUCACUUCAGCUGAGAGCAUCCUGAUCACCCAGCAGAGUCACGAGGAGCUGUACAGAGUGCUGCGCCUCAAUCAGAGUAGCGGUGGUGAGCAGAAGGUGGUGGUGGUGGUAUCAGUGUCUCCACAGUCCCGGGCCUCACUUGCUGCACGCUAUGGCCUAAGCAGCAGCGAGACAGCCAGGAGGCUUACCGCCUUCUUCAAGAAUCUGGGUGUUCAGUAUGUGUUUGACACUGGCUUCAGUCGCACAUUCAGUCUGUUGGAGAGCCAGAGAGAGUUUCUGGAGAGGUUUGCUCGGAAGGAGGAGGACAAGAAAGCCUUGCCUAUGCUGGCAUCAGCCUGCCCUGGCUGGAUCUGCUAUGCUGAGAAGACUCACGGUGACUUCAUCCUGCCUUACAUCAGUUCAACCCGCUCCCCACAGCAGAUGAUGGGCUCCCUGGUCAAGAACUUUUUUGCCAGACAGCAGGGAGUUGAACCACAGAAAAUCUAUCAUGUGACUGUAAUGCCAUGCUAUGACAAGAAACUAGAAGCUUCUAGACCAGAUUUCUACCUUAAUGAGUUUGAGACCAGAGAGGUCGACUGUGUCAUUACCUCAGGAGAAGUACUCAAGAUGUUGGAGGAAGAAGGAGUGUCUCUGAAUGAUGUAGAACCAGCACCGUUAGACACUAUGUUCAGCAGUGUUUGUGGGGAGGCGUUGCUGUGUCAUGCAGGGAGCGGUUCAGGGGGCUAUCUUCAUCAUGUCUACACACACGCUGCCAAACAGCUCUUCGGAAUGGAAGUGGGGGAGCUGACGUACAAGACCCUCAAGAACAAAGACUUCCAGGAAGUCACUCUAGAGAAAGAUGGAACAGUUCUUCUGCGCUUUGCCGCCACUUAUGGUUUCCGAAACAUUCAGAAUCUUGUGCAGAAGCUGAAGAGAGGAAAGUCACCGUACCACUUUGUAGAAGUUAUGGCAUGUCCUUCUGGGUGCCUGAAUGGGGGAGGACAGCUGAAGCCUGUCACAGAACUAUCAAAUAAAGAUCUCCUGCAGCAGGUGGAAGACCUGUACCGGGCAGAGCAGCCGUCUGCACCCGAGGAGGACACGCGGGUGGCUGAGCUGUACCACACGUGGCUUGAAAGUGUGGGAGCGGAGAGAGCGCGACAGCUGCUUCAUACACAGUAUCACGCUGUGGAGAAAAGCACCAAUGGACUCACCAUCAAGUGGUGAGAGGACCCUGAAGAACCUACCGUCCUGCCUUUGGCAAUACAUAUCUUUCAUACGUUGCUUUUAGUUUACAGAGCAUAAAUAAACAUCAUCAGCAUAAAUAACAUUUUAAAAUAAUUUAGGGUAUGGCCACCUUUGAACCCUAGGUUUAUAAGUCUGUUAUUAAGUAUAACGUUGAAACUGCUAUGUUUGAUCCCACAGGGUUCUAUUGUAGGGCCUAUUAAACUGAUGGUAAUUAUGAGAGCACUGCAGUUAUAAUGGUGAACAACUGAAAUGUAAGCCUAUGGACACAAAUGAUCACAUGCCAGUACUGUAUUUUUCACACUAUAAGGCGCACUGUAUUAUAAGGUGCACUAUCAAUGAACAUCUACUUGCAUACGUAAGGUGCACCGGAUUAUAAAGUGCAUCAUAAGGGACACUAUAAGAAACUUCUAAUUCAGCAGGUCGCUGGGUGGCGGUAGGGUGGUAGUUAACUAAGUUGAGUAAAGCUAAGCUAAAAGAAAAAAAAACUGUAUUAAAAAAAGACUUUCUUUCAAAGUCAAACAAGCACUGAAUUUAAAUCUACACAGAUUUCUCUCAUGAAGACUGUUUAUUUGGGUCAGUAAAGUGCUUCCGUUUAUUUACAGUAAGCUUAGAUUCUCCAAAAUUUCUCCAGCACUAAGGCUGGAGCAUUAGCAUUAAUGGCUAACUGCUCCAGCAGUGCUAACAGGGUUAGGAGCAGGCCACAGGCUGAUAAUACUCACCUCUGUACAGGGAAAUAGUGAGUGUGAUUAGGAAAGAGGAAAUAAAGAGCGAGCGCGGUUAGUGGGCAAUGCUAAUGCUACUUCAGUCCCAGUGCUGGAGAACUAAACUGAAACUCCUGAAUAACACUGCAGUUUGGCCAAGUGGCUUUACUGCUCCUUAAAACCUGACUGGUAAAAUUCAUAUAUAAAACGCACUGGGUUAUAAGGCACACUGUCGAUUUUUGGGAAAGUUAAAGGAUUUUAAGUGCACCUUAUAGUGUGAAAAAUACAGUAGUUCUUAUCAAUAUAAACGCACAAAUAAGUGUAUCAUAUAUACAGGAAAGAGUUAGAGGAUUACAGGUAGAACACUCUAUAAACCUGACCAAAGUAAAUUGAGUAGAAUAUUUGUAGCAAAAUGUGGGUCCAACACUUUUGCUAGAUGACAUUAUACCAUUUUCUUAUUUUUUUAAUUACAAAUAUCCAAAUAUUGAUAAUAGCUUAUACCAGUAUAAUGCUUCUUUAGAAAACUACUGAAGCCUGAAGUUAAUUUAAGCAUCUAAAACAGUUACAGGACUGAAUCACAUUCAUUUUCUUUUAUUUGACGACUUUCAAUAUCUGAGCCACCUGUGGGGUCAUCAGCCUAUUUAACCACUGAUACCACUAUGUCAAUUCUAUGUCUUGCUUUAGAACUACAGUGACUGUAUAUCAAAUGUCAAAUAUGUCAAUAUGGACAAAUAUUUAAUAUUUAAUCCAAAAUUUAAUACAGAUCCCCACAUGCAAAACUUGGCAUGCAGAUAUAUAUGUAAAUGAUUACAGGUGUGUUCUAAUUUGACAAUAAGGGCAUAAAAAAUGUAAAAGUGCUUCCCCCACUGCUCUAUAAAAAGGCUCUUAGGGCGUUUUCACACCUGUAGUUGGUUUCUAUGGGCCGGAUCAGUUGAUGAGUUUGUUUACACACAGGCAUAAACCUAAACGCACAUAGUACACAUAGUAAACGGAGUUGCAUGGCUGCGAGCAGUGAACGCAGCACGUGUAAACAGCAUGGAGCAGCAGAGACAGCGUUUGUUCAUAGCUGUGGUAAUUAGUGUUAUCUGGCUAAUAUAUCAGAUUAAACUGCACCUUAUCAGCAGUUUAGCUCCAAUAAAAGGAGUAUAUUUGAUAGCUGGCUAAGAUCGAGACCGGAUCUCAUUCUCACCACAAGUGAACCGCUUCGGAAGUUCGGUUGAAACCGGACCAAGACCACAUCCAAUAGCUAGUCUUGUUCCAGUUGUUUUGAUCUGCACCCGAGCGUGAUUCAAAGGGUACAAACCAACCAGAGCCUGUUUUAAUUGGACCAAAUAGUGCUGGUGUGAAAACGCCAUUAGAGGCUACUUUUGGGUAGUGUACCUCUUAGUGAGAGAUCAUUGACUUCUAGACAGGCCUCUACAAUCCCUAGUUAACUGAUUUUGAAAGGGCGGAUCAUUAGAGUAAUUUAUGGAGCAUAUAUGAGUGUAGAGCAGGAUCUACAGGACCAGCUGCAACAACAUCUGUAGGUAGAUGUGCUGCAGGAUUCCAUACAGAACCUGUACACGUCCGUGAACAACCAUAGUGUCUAAUUUUGUAUCCAGGCUAGAGGCGCCCAAAAGGACACUACAUAUAUAAUCAUUACAUUUACACAUAUAGAGUUUAACCCUUCUAUUAUUUAUUAUUUGUCAGGAACAGCAGUGAUGUUCCUGGGUCAGUCUGACUCGGUGCAUGUUUAAUGAUCCAAAAAUAUGUCUGAAACCAAAAAAAAAAAAAAAAAUCCUAACCAGCAGUGUAAAUAUUUUUUUAUUAACUCCAUUGCUAAUUAUUUUAUCAAAAUUUAGUGCAAUGGUGUUUCUUACCUCUAACAGGUAAUGCUUCAACUAGGACGAUUCACUAAUUUUUCAUUAAAAUUAAAAUUAAUGUUUCAUUACUUUAUUACUUUCGAAAGACCAACAUAUUAAACACAAUGGUUUUACAAAACAUUAAAACAUAACAUUGCAAUUUUGUUUAAGUUUUAGUUUUUGCAGGGGCUGUGUUGCAAAUAUGGAAGAUAAACCGUUUUCAUAUCAUAUGUUGAUUACAAUAAUUAAGGCAAGCAGAAGAAGUUUCAUGCUGAAAAAAUACUUUUAACUAUUUUUUCUAGAUCUUCAAACCUUAACACAGGUCAAUUUUACCCAUAACAUAAUAGGAGGGUUAAUUCCAUUCCAAAAACUAACUUCUUGGUGCACAUUUUUUGUCAGUAAGUGCAUAUAGUCGCUGUCCAAUGGAAAACAAGUAUCUCCAUUUUUAUUGAUUUUUAGUUUACUGCAUAAUUAGAACAGACAAAACUGUCCCUUACCCUAUGCCAAAAUUAUUGAUUUAUUGACCAAUUAAAAUACUUCAAAAUGACCUGAAAUGAACUCUUUUUACAUUGACUUUCACUAAAAGUUCAGAAGGUUUUUUCUCUCCAGUAAAGUUGCUGUUUUGGAGAUGCAUGUUUUUCAUUGGACAGCGACAAUAUGGACCUUUUUCUCUCCAUAAAUGUGAAUCUUGAUCAGUGAGACUGACCCUUCUGUUCACAGACAUUUAUAAUCAUUUCAAAUAAUUUUAGAAUAAAUUAGACACAAAGAGUCAAUCAGUCAUUGUCAGAUGGGUUAAAGCAAAAAUUGUGUUAAUUGCCUUAAAUAACUGGUCAUGUUUGAAUUGUGUGCACUAUUUUUAGCUGACAUUUACAAUCUUAUGUUAAUGAUACAUGUUAGGAGAUGAUUACUUGUCUAGAAUUAUUCAUGUCCUAUUUAUUAAGGAAAUAAAUAUCAAUGCAUAUAUUUGUCAAUAAAAUAUUUUCAUAUUAAA